GCCGCCUCGCCCGUAUUGUUCCUCUCCGGGGCUGCUUCCUCGCUCUCUGCGGUCGGGAUCCCUCCAGAUCUGGAAUGAAACUAGACUAGAUCGGAUUUUGCCCCCCCUCCCUCCUCUUUAUUUCUUUUUUUUUUUUUUUUUAAGCCGCCCCCCCUUCCCCCCUCCCUCCGGAGAGGACCCAACCCCUCGUGAGAAUUUAGAGCAGGUUGAUUUUUGCUUCAUAGGAUUUAAAUUCUCUCUCUCUCUCUCGCUCUCCCCCUCUCCCCCCCCUUCCCUCCCUCCCUCCCUCCCUCCGCGAAGCCCAUUUUCUUUUUCAUUCCUAUUUAUGAACGGAGGGAGAGAUUGGGAGGGUUGCUUCGGGCUCGGGGCUGGAAUUUCAUCUGAAUGAUUGGCCUGUCUUCCCUCUGAGCUCUCCCAUUCAAGACCUCACAAUUUUGAAGCAGGCGAGAGGUUUUAUUCUUCCCAUUUUUUUCCUUCUGUCUUGUCUUCUUUUUUCCUCCUUUCUGAUAUUUUUUUUCUCCCCCCCCCCACUCCGCUCUGCCGGAUUAGAGGCAAAUCUUUGGGGCCGUUGAGAGAAUUCAGUUUUUCAUCAUCGUCAUCGUUGCUAUUUUUCUUUUUUUAAUCUUCCUCCUUUUCCCAUUUUGAAUCUUAACCCUUUGAUCUGUUUCCUUUAAAAGACUCUCAAUCUGAACUCCCUUCAGGGAGAAAGGGAGGAGAAAUAAUAAUAAAAUCAGAAAAAAAAGAAAUCUGAGCGAGUCUGUUCUCUCAGCUGUUAGCCAGGUUGGUGGGGGACAAAAGUCCCUUUAAAAUACUGAAUGUCAGUUGCAAACCUGGGAAAAGGAAAAUCGAAUCUGGAGCGCUAAAUUUAGGAGGUUUAUAUGGAACUUGGACUCUGCUACUGGAUUUUGUAUGGAUUUUUUUCAACCUUUGGGAGAAAAGACCCCGGUGCCCAUCUGUAGACCAAACUGAAAGAUUAAAAGGGGGGAAAGUCGCCAGCUCCUGCCAGCAGAAAUGGCCGAGAACUGGAAGAACUGUUUCGAAGAGGAGCUCAUCUGCCCCAUUUGCCUGCAUGUCUUUGUGGAGCCGGUUCAGCUUCCUUGUAAGCACAACUUCUGCCGGGGCUGCAUCGGGGAGGCUUGGGCCAAGGAGUCGGGCUUGGUGCGGUGUCCCGAGUGCAACCAGGCGUACAACCAGAAACCCAACCUGGAGAAGAACUUGAAGCUGACCAACAUCGUGGAAAAGUUCAACUCCCUCAACCUGGAGAAGCCCCCCUCCGUCUUGCAUUGCGUCUUUUGCCGCCGCGGCCCCCCGCUGCCGGCCCAGAAGAUCUGCUUGAGAUGCGAGGCCCCGUGCUGCCAGUCCCACGUCCAGACCCACCUGCAGCAGCCCUCCACGGCCCGUGGGCACCUCCUGGUGGAGGCGGACGACGUGCGGGCCUGGAGCUGCCCCCAGCACAACGCCUACCGCCUGUACCACUGCGAAGCUGAGCAAGUGGCCGUGUGCCAGUUCUGCUGCUACUACAGCGGGGCCCACCAGGGACACUCGGUCUGUGACGUGGAGAUCCGCCGCAAUGAGAUCAGGAAGAUGCUGAUGAAGCAGCAGGACCGCCUGGAGGAGCGGGAGCAAGACAUCGAAGAGCAGCUCUACAAGCUGGAAUCGGACAAGAGGCUGGUCGAGGAGAAGGUGAGCCAGCUGAAGGACGAGGUGCGUCUGCAGUAUGAGAAGAUGCACCAGAUCUUGGAUGAGGACUUGCGGAAAACCAUGGAGAUCCUGGACAAGGCCCAGGCCAAGUUCUGCAAUGAAAAUGCAGCCCAAGUCCUCCACCUCAACGAGCGCAUGCAGGAGGCCAAGAAGCUCCUCAGCUCCGUCCAGGUCAUGUUCGACAAAACCGAGGACAUCAACUUCAUGAAGAACACCAAGUCUGUGAAAAUCCUAAUGGACAGGACCCAGAACUGUACGGGUGGCAGCCUGCCCCCACCCAAAAUUGGCCACCUCAACUCCAAGCUCUUCCUGAACGAGAUCGCCAAGAAGGAGAAGCAGCUCAGGAAGCUGCUGGAAGGUCCUCUGAGCACGCCGGUCCCGUUCCUGCAGAGCAUCCCCAUGUACCCCUGCACGGUCAGCAGCUCCGGAGCGGAGAAGCGCAAGCACUCCACCGCCUUCCCCGAGGGCAGCUUCCUAGAGCCAUCGUCCGGGACUGUGGCGAGCCAGUACAUGAGCCAGGGCGCUUCGGCUGGCGAGGGGCAGUCCGCACAAGCCAUGGUGCCUUGCAGCUCCACGCAGCACAUAGUUGGACUUCCCAGCGGCCCGCAGCCGGUGCACUCGGGCUCCGUGUUCAACCCAUCUCACUAUCCCAACACCACGUCAUCUCAGCAGUCCGUGCUCUCGCAGUACGGCGGGCGCAAAAUCCUCGUCUGCUCAGUGGACAACUGUUACUGUUCCUCGGUGUCCAACCACGGCGGGCACCAGCCCUACCCCAGGUCGGGCCACUUCCCCUGGACAGUCUCCUCGCAGGAGUAUUCGCACCCGCUCCCGCCUGCGCCCGCCGUCCCCCAGUCGCUCCCGGGACUUGCCGUGAGGGAAUGGAUUGACGCCUCCCAGCAGCACGGGCGGCAGGAUUUCUAUAGGGUCUACGGCCAACCUUCCGCUAAACACUACGUCACCAGUUAACCGUGAAACCCUCCGGAGAGUCCUGGUUAACGGCACGGUCGGAGAGAAAAGUCUGGUUUGUUUGGGCUUUUUUUUUUUUUUUUUUUUUAAUCAAACCCAAUUUCCUUCCCACCUCAGGCCCCUCUAGGAUUUUGGGGAGGGUUGAUCUCUCAUCUCUUUUUUUUCCUUUUAUUUUUUUCCCCCCAUUCCUUUCAAAAUAAUACACUUUUUUUUCCCUUUUAACUCUUUAAUUUAAUUUUGGAAAGUCCUUCCUGCCCCUCGCUGGGAAAAGACGAGGGAGAAAUUACCGAGAAGAAAUCGAGAAGGAUUUCAGUCGGGCGUCUGGGUCUGUGUGUCACGCUUGUACUUCCUACUCGCUGGCUUUGGAAAACAGCAGAAGGGCCAAUGGCUCCUUUGCUCUUUCGGUUUCUCUGAGUUCAUUUUUUGGGGGUUUGAUUCAUUUUUUUCCCUUCUCUCCCUCCACCCACCACCCUACUCUUUCCCUCCUUAAAAAGAAAAGAAAAGAAAAAAAAAAAUCUAUCGUUGAUUCAGAAUGAAACGAUACCUGUAGAUUUUGGGUUUGUUACUUUUUUUUUUUUUUUUUUAAGGCUCCCCCCCCCCCCCGGCGUUAAAAGGCCACUUCUCAUGCAUAUUGGCUUUUUUUUUUUUUUUUCCCUCCCUUUCCUUCUUCUUUCGGAGAUUUGUAAAUACACAAUGGCAGGAAAUUUAAUGCACAAAAAAAAAGGGAAAAGAAACUUAAAAAAAAAAAGAAUAAAUAAUAAAAAGAAAAAAAACUGUUCUAGUUUUCAGAGGGGGAAGCGCUGCCGAAAUGCGCUCCCCCCUCCCGCCCCCCGCGUAUCGCUGAUGCAACUUCCUGUAACAAGCACUUUGUAUAAAAAAAAAGUGGACUUCCUGCUAUACGGCACAGGUAUUUAUUCUGUAACCAGUUUUAGAACACACACACACACGCACACACACACAAAUAUUCAAAUAAAUGUGAUCACUUAGUGCAAA